CAAACCAAUCAAUACGUAGCUCUGUUGUUAGCCUUCAUUUUUGAAUUAAGCUCUAACAGAAUACUGACAAUUUCACUGAGGUAAAUAAAUGUAAGCAAACAGAAAAGCUUAUUAGACUCUUUUUGCCGUUUUGGAACAACAUGCACUGACUGGUGCUGGAGCUUUUUUUGGGGGAACCUUACGAACUGGUUUGAAGAGACGUUAAGAGGAGAUAACUGAGUUCCAUUUCGUUAUCUUUGCAACUCAGCAGUUAGCUAAGUUAGCUAGAGACUUAAUCGAAGGUUUGAACAUCUCAGGGUUCCUGCCAUGGCUGAAAGCAGCAUGCUGACUUUGGGACAUGCCCGGAGUCUGCUGGUGGAUUCUUCAGUCUAUGACUCCAGGAUUGUUGAAACCACUAAGGACCAGUGCUUCGUGGGGAUGACCAGUGAAGAUGGGGAAGAUAUGUUGCCCAAAGUGGAGACACGAGUUGUUCUGGUGGGAGAAGCGGGCAGAAAUGAAGCUCUUGUCAAAGCCCUGCAGGCCAUCACAGUAAUGGAGGUACCUGUGGUAAAGAUAAGAGAAGGCGAGGCAGGUUCCGAGGAGAAAAUGAUGAUAAAAUCUAUAGUCACUAUGGAUAUCAACACACCAUUCAUAAAGACGGAUAACAUCCAGGGGUUUGCAGAUGGAGACAACACAGACUUUGAGACGGUGUUUGUCCUCACAGAUUUCAGCUCCCCUGACUACACCUACCUCUACAAACACGAGAACCGCAUCGUUGGGCCUCCUGUUGUGCUGCACUGCGCUGCUAAGGAAGAGCCGCUCCAUUUUUCAUGCCGUCCUCUUUACUGCACUGCCAUGCUGAACCUGUCGCUGUGUUUAACUGGCUUCAGGAACAAGGAGGAAAUGAAAAGCUUGGUGAAUUUGGUCCAUCACAUGGGUGGAACAAUCCGGAAAGACUUCAGUGCUAAGGUCACUCAUCUUGUUGCUUACUCCACUCAUGGAGAGAAAUACAGGCUGGCGGUGUGUAUGGGAACUCCCAUUCUUUCUCCAUCUUGGAUACAGAAGGCAUGGGAAAAAAGAGACCAUGUCCAUUUUCAUGCCAAUGAUGAGGAGUUCCGAACAGAGUUCAAAGUCCCUCCCUUCCAGAACUGCAUCCUCAGUUUUUUGGGGUUUUCUGAGGAAGAGAAGGUCAACAUGGAGGAGAGGACUUUUAAACAUGGUGGCCGAUAUGCUGAGGUUGGAGAUGACCAAUGUACACACUUAGUGGUGGAGGAGAACUCUGUGAAGGAUCUGCCAGUGUCUCCCUCCCAAAAACUUUUUGUGGUCAAACAGGAGGUGAGCUCUUAAUGUUUCUGUGUAUUA